CUGGGUGUAAAUUGGGACGCAGCGUGAGCUUCCGGGUAGCUUAGCCAACUUACCUAAUGCCUCGUAUCGGAACGCUAUCUGCGUGGCGCUUUGUUCACUCACAACCAUCAUGUCCCCCACCAAGAACGCAAGAAAGGCUAGCUGCAGACUUUUCUCCUUUUCUUUGUUAAUAAAUAGAAUUAGGUGUUGGAAAAAGUCAAUAUAGAAGCACAAGACCCUAGAAGACACGCAUAAACCACAGGAACCAUGGGAACCGUUAAUGAUGUCAAGAUUGAGGACUCACCCUUCCCGUUGACAGACGUGGACAAGUGGAUUUUGUCGCAAACCGAUGAGGAGUUUAAGCUUCACGACUGGCAGGAUCUCAAGACCAUUAUUGACACCAACAACCUCUCCGUCCUGAAGCGAAAGCCCUCUGACCUCAGACGAUACAUGAAGUGGACUGCUGAAACCAAGAUUGAGUAUGGGAGCAUGACAAAUUAUAUUCUUGCCAACCGACUACCAAAGGCCUGGGGUCUCCCGCCAUUCACCCCCGAGUCCACUGUUCCCUUUGAGGUCGCCAGUGACUACAAAGUCCUACUUAACGACUGGCCGUACGGACUCGAGUCCAAUAUCACCCACAUUGUGGUCUGGACUCGCACCCUUAUCCCUACAGACAACCAAAAGGGCGAUCUGACCCCAGACAGCAAGAAGCUUCUCGAGGACUUUGUCCAGCGCUACUUCAUCGACCCUCUCGGCCCCGGCGGCGAAGACAAGAUCCUCUGGUUCAAGAACUGGGUAGCUCUGCAGAGUGUCCGAAGUCUGGAACACUUCCAUGUUCUGGUCCGCGAUGUUGACGACGAUAUGUUGGAGAAAUGGACUGGUGAGAGACCCAAGCGUAGCGCAUAAUCGAGGGAGUAUGAUAAUCUGGGAUGAGCACUUGAUGACGGCAUGAAACCAUUUGAUAGAGACUUUUCUUCUUUCAUAUACACAUUAAAAAUAGAUGAAUUUUUUAUGAUAACCAUAUGCUCUUAUGCAGCAGCUCUACGCUGUCUUCUGUUUCCUUGUGGCUGCUCUACAGCGUCACCACCAAGACCCUGCAUCUGGGCCAUCUUCUUUCGCCCCAUGCCGAACAAGCCAGCAGCAAGAUACAAGCCGUAUGCGGGCACAAUGGUCAUCAAGAACCAUCCGUAGUUUCCAAUCAACAUGGUAAGAAUAGCAGACGCCCAUGUGAUCCAGAUGAGAUCAAACAUAUACUCAGUCAACCCCUGAGCAGCCAUGUCCUCGCCAGAGGUCUUAAGCGCCUUGGUGGCGGGGUCGUAGCUAGGGCGGCCCGACGACUCGAGGACAUACUCGCAGACAAAGCUGGGGGCGGAGACAAUGGCAUAUGUCCACAGGGAGCGGCUGCGGAUGAGGAAGUGAAAGGCAAGGAAGAUGCCAUUGACAGCAAGAGAUCCGAUAUGCAGGUUGUUGAGCGUGGCCGUGUUGGCCUUUGCGCGAUCCUUCUUUGCCUUUUGGGCCAUGAUAAUGGGUUAUGCGUGUGAGUCAAACGGUUGGCCUGCAGGAUCUGGCAGGAGGACGUUGGCGAUGUUUCGAUACGCGCCGGGGUAUCCGGAAUAGGGCGAUUGGACAAUGGGGAGCGAGGGGCGGUGGUGUUGAGAUGGGCGGCUAAAAAACAGCGUGGUUGGUUGUCGGUGGUUGGUUUUUUUUUUUACUUGUUUUGGCUGCAACCAGCUACUGCACUGUAAUAUAGUGGGCUGGUAGGCACUGCUACAGCCGCUGUUACAGUGGUCUUAGCGCCUCCUAUUUAGCGA